CAGUCCGGCGCGAGGCAGCAUGGCGGCGGCGGCGGCGGUCGCUGUACAGGUGCUGAUCUUGACAACGUUGGUGUCAUCAGCCCUGUCUGCGCCCCUUGAAGAAGCUCUUCGUGAUGGGCGAAGCCCAGAACCACCGUCAGCGGCAGACAGUCAGCCAGCCGGUCAAGACGUUUACCCAUUCGGCUUCCUUGCGUCGAGGGAGGAAGAGCCCGAUGCACCAGAUGUUGAGAAGUCCCAAACGACCCUAGGUGUUCCACCAGGACACUGGAACGGCGUAGCGCCUGCUGCCAAUGGACAAGGCCGAGUCCAUCAGGCGUUCGGUGCGCCAGAUGUCUGGGCCAUCAGAGUACCAGUACCUUCUGUGGAUGGCGGCCCUCCAGGAGGUACUCCUCCUGGAAGCGAGAACAAUACCGAAGGCGAACGCCUCCCAGAUGAGCUUAUAACAAAUGAGGGAAAUCAUUUGUUAAACGGCAGCAGAGAGGAGGGAACUGGAGGAUCGUUGGAUGGUCCAACCUCUCUACCAAGUGAAGAAGGAUUAACUGCAGUUCCUCCACCAGUUACAUCUGGCGACAGGACGUCUACAGAACUUUCUGAACACAGCGGGUCUGGAUCUAUCUCAGACAGCGCAGUGUCUCAAGAAAUCUACGGUGCACCUGCAACUGUCGUGAGUGUAUCAAGAGCCAGCACCUCGGCAUCAGAAGAUUCAGUUACUACGCACAGCCAACCGGCCCCACCCGCACCCGGAGUCGACACGGCAACAGUCCGUUCCAAAUGCCGUCAGCGUCUCGGAGUUCUGAACUGCUCUCGUCUGAGGCUGGACACUUUUAACGCGUCCCCAAAGUUGACGUACAUCGAGGAGCUCGUCCUGUCAUUCAACCGUAUUGAGAACCUGACGAGGGAGACUUUCACCGGGCUGAAGUCACUGCAGAAACUUUUCGCAGACCACAACCGCAUCACGUUCGUGUCUGAGGAUGCGUUCUCAGACCUCCCGGACCUGAAGGUGCUCGACCUGAGCUACAACCGCGUGCAGCAGCUGGCACCGGUCGCGUUCUCGUGGAACCCGCAGCUGUUCAUCCUAAACCUGAGCGGCAACCCGCUGGAGGUGGCCGGCCUCGGCAGCUGGCUGCGCUCGGACUCCCUCGGGGUGCUCUUCCUCAACUCGUGCAACGCCACCUCGCUGCCCGCCGACGCCUUCGCCGGGGUCACCGAGCUGCUGUACCUGCACCUGUGCGGCAACGGGCUGCGGCAGCUCCCGCCGCAGCUGUUCCGGGAGCUGACGGACCUGCGUCACCUCUACCUGGACCACAACCUGCUGAGCUCGCUGCCCGUGGACAUUUUCGCCGAGAACCUGCAACUCGAGUGGCUGUUCGUGCGCCACAACCGCGUGGCGCUGAGUGCCGACGAGCCGUUCCUGAACGCGAGCUCGCUGCUGAUGCUCGACCUGGAGGACAACCGCGCGAGCGCUGUCGGCGAGCGCACGUUCGCCGGCCUCCAGGGGCUGCACAACCUGACGCUGCGCAAGAACGCCAUCCGGCGCUGGGCGGGCCCGCCGCCUGCGCAGGCGCUGCCGCGGCUGCGCUACCUCGACCUCAGCUGGAACCGCCUGCGGCUCGCCGACCUGCUGCCCUUCCCGCCCUACCCCGCGCUCGCCUGCGCCAACCUCGGCGGCAACCCCGCCGCCUGCGACCCCGCCGUCAGGCCGACGGCCUUCUGUGUCAGUGGUUGCCGCGUCUCCACGCCUCCGAGGACGGCCGCUUCGGCUGCACUAGCAGGCAACUGCACUCGCAGGUAA